UCUGAACUAUCCUCUCAAGCUCACAUCCAAUCCCUGUCAUCUCUCGCCUCAACUACUGCAACUCAGUCCUCAUUGGCUUACCUUUACAUAGGCCACCCCUCCUCCAUUCCAUCAUGAAUACUGCUGCCAGGCUCAUCCACCUUACCAACCGGUCAGUGUCUACUACCCCUCUCUGCCAAUCCCUCCACUGGCCUCCACCCCUCUCUGCCAAUCCCUCCACUGGUCUCCAUUCAGUGUCCUCCACCCCUCUCUGCCAAUCCCUCCACUGGCCUCCAUUCAGUGUCCUCCACCCCUCUCUGCCAAUC